UUUGACAUUGAGUCUCGCGCUUGUUCCCUUUGUACAGGUUUACGUAAAUCGUUUACAGCACCGUGACUCUGCAGUUUACGCUCCCGUUAAAUACAGGUAGACUGAGAAAGCACCGGAGAAAGGCGUUGAAACCAUGGAGAUUUUAGACAUCCUCCCUGCGAAUUUCGGCUACGUGAUCCUGACCUACUUCUACAGCUGGGUCAUGCUGACUUACCUUGGCGUUAACGUCGGGCGCGCGCGGAAGAAGUAUGACGUGAAGUACCCCACUAUGUACAGCACUAAGGACGACAUGUUUAACUGCAUCCAGAGAGCUCAUCAGAACACGCUGGAGGUUUAUCCACAGUGGCUGGUUUUUCAAACCAUUGCUGCACUAGUGUAUCCCACAGCCGCCGCCGUCCUGGGAGUUAUCUGGGUGACCAGCAGGUUCUCCUAUGCCUGGGGUUACUACACUGGCGACCCAGCCAAGAGAAUGAACGGGGCCUACGGCUACAUCGGCCUUUUUGGAGUGAUCAUCCUGUCACUGUAUGUGGCCCUGCAACUGCUUGGAGUCGUUUAAAAGCAUAUAGUUAAGCUUUGCUCUCACAUAUAGCACCGACCAAGUUUAUUUAGUCAUUUAAGGAUUUUGUGUACAUCUAUAUCCUUUUCAUUGAUAUGGUUCCAGUUCUUUACUAUGAAAGUUAUAUUUUCUGUAUACCAGUGAAGGCUCAUUCAUACCUCUGACAAUAAUUUCAACUUCUCUGGAACAUGGACACAAAGAUUAAAUGAAUUUAUUUUGAGAAUGCUUGUUCGUACCACUAACCCAAUGUUCCCUUUGUUAGAGCAUACUUUUUUUUUUUUACUUUAAAUUUUUAUUGUAUUUUAUGUUCAAAUAAAAACUUAAAAAAGCAUCAGAUUUGUUUUAAACUGUCUUAUUAUGAUAGACAGAGAGACAGUUUGACUUGGAGCCAUUCCAUGAGCAUUUACAAAUUUUGUAGCUUUUUUAGACAAAAUUUACAAUGAAAUUAACCAGACCUUCUGAGUUUCUGGUUUAAUCCCCAGGUCAGUGUUCUGUCCGAGCUUUAUGUGUUUUGGUUUUUACCUCCGUUUUCCUACCACUUUCUCAUGGCCAGCAAACAGGCUCAGGAUCUAUCACAAAGCCUGACCUACUAAAGUUAAAUUAAUGAAUGUUGUGUAAUUAGUGAUAAAAUAGAUACAUAUAAAAGUUAUAUAAAUAAUGAUCCAAAUAUUUCUCCUUUUCUCCAAUUCCAUAUGACCAAUUUUAAUAAAAUAUGGUUGCUAUUAUAAAUUAAUACAGUAAUGUUAAUAAAUAUAGCUCCAAGCAGCGGUUAUGAUGACCAUACAAUAAUUGCUCUGCCAAAAAAAAGACGAUGACCAGAAGCCACUGUGCCUAUUAGGACGUGCUCCAAAAAACAUUUUUGAAUUCGAUGGCAAGAAAACUUUUGUUGAGAUAUAUCGAUAUGUCUAAAAUCCCGUACAUUUUUAAAACAUUUUUAAUUUGUUUUUUUAUUUCUUGAUUGGACAACAUUUGUAAGAGAAGAAAAUAAAGGGGAUUCAUAUUGGUACAGAA